UGCUUGAAAUGAAGAUUUCUGAAGUGUUCAGUUUGCUGUUGCUUCGCCCUAGACUACAGUCUGCCGCAUACUGAGAAUAUAUAGUUGUUAAUCUUUAUUCUCACUAGCAAAGGAAAAUGCCACGACCUAAGAAAGACCCCAACAAGCCAAAAGGCAAAAUGACAUCUUAUGCUUUCUUUGUGCAAAGCGAGAGAGAAGCCAUGCGAAUUCGAAGCAAAGAGAACGGAAAAGACGAAAUGCCAAGCUUAAGCGAGCUUUCUAAAUUCUGUAGCGAGAAAUGGAAGUGUCUAGACGAAGCCAAGAAGGCUCCUUUCGUGAAACUAGCUGAAAAAGAUAAAGCGAGAUAUGAUGAAGAAAUGGCCUCGUAUGUCCCUAGCGAAGAUGAUCAAACACCCAAGAAAUCUCGUAAAAGAAAAAGACAAGUUGACGAAAAUCACCCAAAAAGAAACAAGUAAGUCAAG